AAGUACUUCAAGGACCCUCUAAAAGGAUGCAAAUGACCAGCUAUCUGCAAGGAAUAUAAAUCCUUCCAUUCCCCACUAUCCUGUCAGAGCUGAAGAAGCUUCUUGGAUGAGAAGCGAAAUAUCUUCAAAAAAACAAACAAACAAGGAAGUCCAGUUGUUUCCUGAAAAAAGCACCUUUGAAACGUUGAAAAAGGCUGAUAAAUCUGCAUUUCCAGGGCAGCGGUGGAUCCUCCCUUUUCCGGAGAUCGCAUCAAGGAAGACUCGCUGAGCGGAACGAAAACGAAACGACUUUCUCCCUGCUUUAAUUCUCACCCACCCUCCGAACGACUCGUGGUUUUGGGCUGAUUCCAGAGCGGUGCGAAUAUGUCCAAAUCCAUCAGUCAAUGCCUGGUGGCGACGCUGCAGGAUCUAACGGAGGACGAGCUCCGAAUGUUCAGAAUGAACCUCCGCGAAUUCCCGGUUAAACCGGGCUACGACAAUAUCCCCAGAGGACGGUUGCAGAACGCGGACGCGCUGGAUCUGACCGAUCUCCUGUUCAGCUUUUACUCCGAUUACGCCGUGGAGGUGACAGCCGCGGUGCUGAGGCGCUGCCAAUGCAACCCCCAAGCCGAAAAGCUGGUGGGUCUCUCUGGAGUCGGGAAUCAGCCAUCUAGUUCUCCUCAACAGCAUUUCAUCGACCGGUUCAGGGAGCAGCUGAUCCAGCGAACUGCCACAGUGGAACAAGUGUUGGAUAAAUUGCACGGUUCCAUCCUAAAUGAAGAACAAUACCAAAAAAUCUGCUCACAGGAAACUAAUCAGGCAAAAAUGCGAGAGCUUUAUAAGUUAGUUCCUGGCUGGAACCACCUGUGCAAAGAUCAGCUGUACAAUGCACUGAAGGCCAUAAAUCCAUAUCUCAUCAAAGACCUAGAAGGGAGAUGAAGCAACAAGGAGGAUGGAAAAUUAAAUCAUUUUGUGCUGCCCCACUCACUCACACACACACACGUAAGUUUAGAGAGUUUAUUAAUGUUCCCCAGCAAUUCCCUUCACCCAGCCUCAGAACUAUCUCAAAUAAAUCCAGCCACAAGCAGGCCAAGGUUAGUCCACAAGACAAUGGCCAAUAGUCCGUAAAAAAAUGGAAAGUAGUUCCAAAAAAUAAGUCCGCCAAACAAACUUAAAUCCACCUGGCCAAACUGAAAUACACCUACAAAAGCUCACUUUGCAAGAGAAGUCCAGCAAAUACACAUAGCCAGAAACCAAACAUGUUGUUCCCAGUAAUGUCUCCCUCUGCCUGCUGUGAUAAAUAGCUUUCCAGUGCAGCCCAUCAAGAUGUGCAGGGCGUUCUCCUAAGUAAUGUGGCAGAUCUCCGUUGCUCUUAUCUUUUCUCUGCACUGCGUGCUCUCGGAUCCACCACAAAAGGCAGCUCUUCCUCCUCCUUUUCACUGACCAUCCACCCCUGCAAGCUGUCCCCGGCUGAAGCCCUCUCUUUUGGCCAGCUGUUGAGUGUCAUUAAUUAACCUAGUUCCUGAUGUGCCAGGAAUGAGCUCAUCCUCCCUUCAACCGACCUCCAAGGAAGAAUCUGAGGAGUCAUCCAAGGGAGACAUCACACAUUUCAGGACUCAUCAAAAAUAGCUCCGCGCUAUGGAACUCCAACAGGCCACACUUUAAUAUGUCUCUCCCCACGCAUCCACUUUGAUCAGAAACUGGGAUCCUCAGAUACAUUCAAAACCUAACCAGCUUGCUGAGUGGAAGAAAUGGUAGGAGAUCAUCUACUACUGUAACAGAUAGAAUGAUACAGAAAGACUGGCAACCAAAUAUUAGAUCCCAUCUUGGGGGUAUCCUCUUCUGUGGGAGAAAAUUAUUGUUUAAACUUACCUCAUUCUAUUCCAUGGGCAACUGAUCAAUGAUAGAUCAAACUGAUAAAUCCAUAUAUUUUGACCAGCUUCUCAUUUCUUUGGACUCCCUUGUUUUAUGAAUAUAACAUAAUAUGAAAAUUCAGACAUCCCUCUUGAGAUGUUUUACAUUUUUAAGCAACUUUUUCUUCAAAAUCACAAACACAGACUAUUUGGGGAUCUAUAUAUGGAUUCUGAUGUCUAGAAACAAAAAUUUAUUCUGCUUUCCUUUAGCAUUUUACUAUGUUUCUCCUAGAAUAAAGCGAAGUUAUUAUUCCUCAAUCUGACCUGGAUAAAACAGCUGCACUUACAUAUUCCUUGGAUAUGUUCAGCACGGAAAUGGAUCUCCUCAGGACCUCACCAUCUUUACAAAUGCACGGUAAAGCUUCUUGGGUUGUGCUAAAAGAAAAUUGCUGAUUCCAUACAGAUUUUAUAGGAUGAUUUUAGCACUGAUACAGCAUUGAUCGUUCUUGUCGAUCACUUGUAGCAGAUCCAGAUUGGAGAUAAUACCACUGUCCUGGCUCUCCUUGAUACUUCAGCAGCUCCCCAUAACAUUGAUCAUUUAUGGUCAUUCUGGCUCAGUUUCAGGGUAUGGUUGUUAGGGUGGUAUUAUAAUGUAAUUGGUUCCAACCAGUUGAGGAAGGCUAAGCUUAAAGUCCUUGAUUUGCAAAGUGCUUCGGGACUGAGGCUCUCAUCCCUCUUAUCUAACAUCUGCAUGAAGCUGUUGGGAAGAUCUUUCACUCCAUGUCACAGAGCUACUGAUGGGCUGUCUGCUAAAACAGAGCGAGGCUAUGGCAUACACUUGAAAGAAAAUCGAGAAUCCCGUAAUUGUGGAGCCUGUCUGGCAAGAACAAAGAAUGCUUAUUUGCAGAGAAUAUGCAUGUGUAAAACUUGUAUAUAACUCUGGGUGAUUAAAAAGACUGAUAGCAAAAAUUCAUUAGCCAAGGUUUAGGAAUAGAGACAGCUAGAAACCAAUAGAACAAUUAUUAGAUCAUUACUGAAAUGUUUAUUAUAUGAUAGUUCUUAUAUAUAUUCCGUGCGCCUUUGACAUUGAGUCAUGCCGGCCACAUGACCACGGAGACGUCUUCGGACAGUGCUUGCUCUUCUGCUUUGAAACGGAGAUGAGCACUGCCCCCUAGAGUUGGCAACGACUAGCACGUAUGUGCGAGGGGAACCUUUACCUUUACCUUAUAUAUCCUGCCUCAUCCCGCCUUCUGCUUUAGAAUAGAAUAGAAUUUUUUAUUGGUCAAGUGUGAUUGGACACACAAGGAAUUUGUCUUGGUGCAUAUGCUCUCAAGACUUUCCCAAGAUGGCGCUGACGAAGGCUGCCUCGGUGAAAUGCUCUCUAAUCGUUUCUAAUUAUUCUGCUUUAUUGAAAUUGUAUAACAAUUUCCCAAUUCUAUUGUUCAGGGUUCCUAGGCAUUUUCUGGCCAGGACCUCAUGGGUCUUGGAGCACUUCAAUAAAAAGAAACAAAACCUGUACCUCG